CACAGCUGAUUUCAUUUAUGUAAACAUUAGUCGGUACGUAAAAAUGUCGCUGACGCAAAAAUUAAAUGUUCUUUUCAAAAGAAAAUCAAUCAAAUAUGGUGUGCCGUUUUUAAUUUUAAUGGUUGGAGGUUCCUUUGGACUAGAGCAAUUCGCCCGUCUCAGGUAUCAGUUCUCUCGUAAGCAGCCGGUAAAUCCAGAAGAUAUGGAGAAAUAUGGUGUAACAAUGAAAAAACCUGAAGAAGUGACAUUGGACAAAGAAUAUGAAAGAAUUAAAAGCUUGAAUAUUGACGAAUGGGAGAACAAACGUGGCCCUAGACCAUGGGAAGAGACACAAUAGUCGGGUAAAAAAUGUGGCUAGAAGAGUGCAAAAACUAUUACUGUUAACGUUCUACUAUUCAUAGCUUUUAAGUCAUUUGUUUUAGUGUAUACAGAGUUUGUAAAUAAAUUGCUAUUUAUUAUAAACAA